AUGGCUAGCCACGAAGCGUGGCUCGGUGCUUUCGUUGUUCAAGGCUUAGACGAGUACCUGCGCUUCGUUCAGACUGGCCAGCCCAUGGUUGAGUAUGGGUAUAAAGUCGAAAGUGGUAUUGUCAACAUUUGGCGCAGGGACGCCUUCGUCCGCUCACUUUGCACAAUAGAGACCCCUCAAGCCCCUCAGACCACUCGAGUCCAGGUGACCGACGGGAGACAUUGUUUACCAGCAGUAUUCUGGAGGGUUGCGGAAGAAGGCCUUGAGCGUAUUGGAGUCGAGCAAGCUCAUCUUACCGGGUCGACGGUCAAUCUCCAAGUUACCAGACCGAUCAUAAGCAUCGACUGCAGCUAUCCGCAUGAAACGCUGGAACUGCGCUUGGAAAUUGAAAAAUGCGAACCUAUACAGAACGAUAGUGCCAAAGCUAUUCGUCAAGUCGAACGCCAACCACUGGGAACCUUGCCGAGUGUAAAACAGAAGAUGCUCGAAUUUACCACACAAUGGUCCGCUCAAAGUCGCAAUAUCGGCACACCAAAGGGUAGUCCUAGUGGAUCGAUCCGAUCGCAGGCUCGGUCCAGCCUGGGCAAUGCUUCUGACGCUGAUGAUGAUAUCUCUCAGGUGCCGUUUCAAAGUCAGAUAAACGUUGUCACGUGCGGUCAAAAAUCGUCAAUGCCGUCUCCCACUGUAAAUCAUGAAGAGACUCUACGUACUGCUUCGACCCUCAUCGGACGCGCAAAUGCCUUAGCGCAGACCAUCAGCAAAGAAACCAGGCUCUCUCCGGUUCAACAAACCAAUCCAGUGACUGCGCAGAAUGAGGAGGACGUCACUCCCCACGUUUCAAUCAAGCCUGUUCUCCGCGAUCUCACUAGACACGGGCCGGCGGCAGAGGUGGCUUUGAACGAAGUUGUGGAUGGCGAGCAAGGCCUACAUAGCCGAGAGAGUGUCCAGGAUGAAUGCGGAGCCAACCAUUUUGAGAGCGCAAAGAGAAGUGAUCAGAUAGGUGGUACAGCUCGGUAUCCAGACCCUACACGAUCGGCCGGGUCAAAACAGGAGUCCUCCCAAUUACCAACAUCGCUGAUUCGUCAUUUCAGACGGUGGAGAGAAGAGGCUCAGUCGGGACGCUACAUUCCCAGAUAUCUACAAAAGAUCCCCAGGGAUCAAGAAGCGCUCCUCGAGUCUGAUGACAGCUGGCAGCCAGCUCUUGUCGGGCGUACCGUCAUGCCAGGACAAAUCCCUAUACAUCUCAACGAGCGAUUUAUGAAAUUUGCAGAACAAAAGGAUUCGCUAGUUGAAGAACAGUUGCCAACCAAUGAACCCAUACCAGAACUUGAGAAGCCUAUAACCCCUGAAAUCAAAAGGACACUCCAUGAACGUUACCUCGAUAAUGCAGCCAGUGAUCUCGAGGACUCAGUUGCAUCGUGGUCACCAAGCCCACCAACUCAAGAUCGCCGUCGCCAAGCAUUGCCAGCAGACAGCCCUUUGCCGAGUGCACGACAGAGGAGAAACUCUACAUUGAAGUCGGCAGCUAUAAAAGCAGAGGCGCCUCCAAGGACGCGGUCCGUCACGUCAAAAUGCGGUGGCGACAAUCAGCCGCUGCUUUCCUCAUCGUCAUCCCCGGUGGACGAGCAUCCGAUGGUCCAACCCGACAGCCUAGUAACUAAUCGUAAUCUUUCAAGGGAGGAACAGGUAGCGCACCGCGUGCCUGACCCCUCCCGAAACGGAACAUCCGUCUCCGAAACUACAGCAGCAGAUGCUCUGAAGAGUAGCAUUCAGCCUGUCGUCGAGAAAUCCGUGGCAGGCUCAAAGAAAGCAAGCAGCCCACAGGAAAAGCUUGUUCAGGUCGAAAGGACACCCUACAUACCUAAGCGUCCUCUGACCCGGGUUGUCAAGACCGCGUUCAAGGGCACAGAUAAUACUCAUGAUUCUGGCCUGGCAUCGUCUGGCUGUAUUCCUUGCUCGUAUGAUGAACGCAGCUGUGCAUUGCUACCUGCAAUGCAAGCAGAUGCGGGUGUACCUUUGAUCGGGAGUUGCACUAUUCCUCGAACAGACACCUUACAAUCCAAAUAUGCUGGUGCUAUUGGUUCAGCAAAUGAGUACAGCCAUUCCCUCUCUACCGGGGGUAUGCAGCAACGGGAGAGUAUACCACCGACAAACAAGACUAACGAUGAAAAUGGCCCAGGAGUGAACGCCGACAAACAAGCUGGGAUCUCGUCUGAGAAUGCCGACUCGGUGCGGUUAGCCAGCUCCUCGGAGCGAUCCCGACGUCCAGGCUCCACAACAUCUCAAGGUGAUCAGAGAUUGGAAGCAGAGCAAAAAACAGUAAGAUCUCGUUCUGAGACUGCUGAAACCGUUCCCGCAUCCCAGAUUUUGUUGAAUUCGUUGACCUCUCAUGAACAUUCGGCUGAGGCCAGCGGUGGUGCGGCUAGUGCGAUGACGGGUCAACCACGGGAUAUUUCAGACGUUGUAGCGAAUAUUCCUGUUCCUCACUAUGUUUCCGAGCUUAGAGAUCAUCGUCGAACGGCACUGAAGGCCAUAAGUAAGCAGCCUUUGCAAUCGAGGAAGUCCAGUUCAUCUGCGAGGGACACCACCAGCAGCGACGGAAAUGAUCAAUAUGGCAUAGCUGGUGAUGGGAGCCCAAUCUUGCAAACGGAAGCUCCAUCUCCACAACUGUCCACUCCGAACAAUCAAUUCUCAACCUAUGGUCGUGCUGAGGGUUAUUUGAAGAUGCAGCCGAGCGAUUCUAUCUCUCACGCAGCGACACCUCUAGUCAUCGAUCUUCAGCCCGUCUUUAGGAGAUAUCAAAAUGCUUAUGCAGAUUACCGGGGCGACUUCACCGCAUUUGAGACCGCAUGUCGCUUACUCGGUAAGUUCUGGAGGUUGGGAAAAGAACUGCACUCCUACCUCUAUGAUGACGCGAUAUACCAUCACCACCAUGGAUUUCGAUGGUAUCUCUUACAUGAAGGUCCUGAUGAGGACACUAGAAUUAUGACCUUUUAUGAGUACUAUCUCCAAAGAGUUGUUAAACCUACUCACACCAAACGUGUUGUUACCAAGGCAGUUGUUGAGAACUUGCCCGGACCUCGACCCCUGGAGUUGUUUCGACAAAUGGAACCGCCUCUGCGCACUUCUGACGCGGCAACAUCCCCGUUUCCCAACGCGAAUGAAAGUAUUUCUAUUCUGCCGGCUCCUACCAUGCUCUCAGACGUACCUAUAGGAAAAGGGCACACUGGGCACUAUGCAUCGCAACCCGGCAGCGCCGUUGAACAAUGGCGCCGGGAGAUUUCUAGAUUGCCCUCUCCGGAACUAGGAACUCCUGGUGUCGACCGCGGUCAAGUGGAUGUUGUCUCAUCCCCAGAGAUCACAAAUAGCGAGAUCGGGCACGGCCUGCCUGCCGUUCAAGAGAGUAACUCCUCAGUACGUCAGGCCGCUUCUGUCCUACCCUUGCAAAAGUCGAGAGAAAUGGAAGUCUCGAAGAAGAGAAAGAGGUCGCCCACCUUGAGGAAUGUUAUUCCGAAUUCACUGGAGGCAGAAGUAUCUGUUACUCCUAAGCGUGCUAAAGGCUCCAAGCCUUCAGCAAAUCCUUUCGUGAAGCCAUCCCGACCCGCUUCUGCCACAGCAUCAACCGUGAAGAUGACACCUACGCAGAGGGCACAAAGAUGGUGGGUCGACUCUGAUACACCGUUCAAACGAUUUGAGCGGCAUUAUUCCUCUUUAACUCGAGAAACGCUGACCGGCAACAAGGGCAACCAUACAACGACGUAUCAGCCUGGGUACGUCAAGAAGAUCGAGAUCUUUUCUUGGAGACCUUGA